AUGGCCGACCACAGAGAACCUCAAUAUGAUCCUUAUAUCCCAAGCGGAGGAGCUGCUGGUGCAGGUACCCAACAAGCAGGAGGUAACCAAAGGACGGCGGCAUUACAAGCUACUAUCGAUGAUACUGUUGGUGUAAUGCGCGAGAAUAUCAACAAAGUCUCAGAACGUGGUGCCCAUUUAGAUUCCCUUCAAGAUAAAACCGAUAGUCUCGCAGUUUCAGCACAAGGUUUCCGUCGUGGAGCCAACAGAGUCCGCAAACAGAUGUGGUGGAAGGAUAUGAAGAUGAGGAUGUGCUUGGUUAUAGGCAUCAUCAUCUUGAUCAUUAUCAUUGUAGUUCCUGCUGUCGUUGCUACAAAGCAUUAA